UCGACAUGGUCGGGACAUAGAAGGGGGUGCGCGGCUAAAUAAGUUUGGGAACCACUGGUUUAGUGUAAGUCAUAACGGAAAAAACUUCAUCAUUGUUUAGCAAAAGUCACACUGUCCUUGUCUCAAGCUAACUAAUACCAUUGUAUGAAUCUUUAUGAAGCCAAGUACAUAUUGUAAAUAUUCAGAAGGACAUUCAUUCUCUGGCACUUAAACCAAUCUACACUGAACCCAGCUUAAUGCUCAUUUUGAAGUCCAAGCCAAAUAUGUAAAUACUGACUAACCUUUAAGGAUAAACUUUUAACCAUAAGCCACAUUCAUCUUCCAGCUCUACCAUUCUGUAACAUCACUUCAGUUAAAUAUUGAUUUCUAUAACAUCAAGUAUCAGUGGAAAAGUUAAAGCCGACGUUGGUUCAAGUUUCUGUUGAUUCCAAACAGAGAUGUCUGCCCAGGUCAGACUGAAGCUGCUCCCUAGAGCCAGGUGUUUGGAUGAUGACCGCGUCCAGGUGAAGGUGAGCGGGCUGAGGUCGAGGCAGGUGGUCGCCAUGAGAGCCAGAUCCACUGAUGAGAGGGGAGUGGUGUUCAGCUCCUCGGCCACCUACAGAGCUGAUGGUAACGGGGAGAUCGACCUGAACAGAGACGCCUCACUCUGUGGGAGCUACUAUGGAGUAGAACCCAUGGGUCUGCUGUGGUCCAUGAGGUCAGAGACCAUGCACAAAAGGUUUCAGAAGACUAAUUCUUCAAAACCACGUGUGGUGAAGUUCUCUGUUCAUGAAGUGAAGGGCAGGAUGCUGGCUGAGGCCACUAAUGAGAGGUUGCUCAUGGGAGAUGGAUUCAGCCGGGUUCCUGUCAGUCAGGGGAAUGUUUCUGGUAUCCUGUUCACUCCUCCAGGUGAAGGUCCAUUUCCUGCUGUGCUGGAUUUUAGGACUGUGUUCUGUGACAGAAGAGCCAGUCUGCUGGCCAACAAAGGCUUUGUUGUUCUUGCAGUAACUUUGUUCCCAGACAAACCCCUGAAGGACAAACAGAUCCACCUGGACCACUUUGAAGAUGCUGUGAACUUCUUACAAAAACUACCUAAGGUGGGCAGUAAAGGAGUUGGAAUACUGACCCAUUCAAAGUGUGCAGAUGUUGCUCUCUCACUCUCAGCAUUUGUGCCCGGUGUUGAAGCUGUUGUUUGGGUCAAUGGCUGCUCUGCCAAUGCAGCUUUCCCUCUUUACUACAAGAAUGAGCUCAUUCUUCCUGCAUUAAUGUAUGAUGUCAGUAAAAGGGUGCCCACUGAGUCAGGGGCCUUCAUUUGCAAAUAUUGUCUGAGGAAUCCUCUAGAAAGAGAAAACAGGGCCACCAUGAUCCCAAUUGAACAAGCCUCUAGUCGUUUCCUCUUUGUGGCGUCAGAAGACGACCUGAACUUGGACAGCAAGACCUACAUGGACCAGCUGGUGGAGAGGCUGAGGAGUCAUGGGAAGCACAAUUUUGAGACCGUGAGUUACCCUGGCGCUGGACACUUCCUGAAUCCUCCUUAUGGACCGUUCUGCUCCUCAAGCUUUCAAGGUACUACAACCAUCCCAGUUCUGUGGGGGGGUGAACCCAGCUCCCAUGCUGCAGCUGAGGUCCAUGCAUGGAAGAAGAUCCAGGAGUUUUUUAAGACUCACUUGAGCUGUGAUGCUGCUCAGAGUAGAUCCAAGUUAUGAUCGGUAGUUACUAUGCUGCACACAGAUGGAAUCAGCUUCCCUAUCACCCCAAAUUUGCCCCAACUCUAGUAACUUUUAAAUCAAAAUUAAAAACCUUCAUGUAUUCAUCCGCCUUUGAAUAAAUGUUUCUUAUGCUGCACCUUCUGCACUGUAGCUGCUAACAUUUUGGCUUUGCCUUUUAUCUGUGCUCACAUGGUGCUCUCACAAGGAUGGACUUGGGCAUUUUCAAGACAUCACCUGUGUGGUGGCUGUGGUUGGCACUAAAUGCUCUAUGGAUUAUUAUUGUGUUUUUCUCAGCAAAAAGUGUUACUUUUAUAUAUCCUCAUGUAGUUGGCGCAGUGAUAUUUUGGUCUUGUUGUAUUUUGUGUCCCAUUUUUUUCUUUCUCUCUCUUUCUGCAGGUCUAGAACUAAAUUCUUGCUUGUCAUUUAUUGUUUAUGUUUGUGAACACUCCUUCACCACCUCUUCCUUUGGUCUCCCCCUUUCUCUUGCACUUAUUUCUCCAUGACCGUUGGUAUAUUAAACAACCGAAAAUAUUUCAAAAAAGUUUUGGUAUCAGGAGUGGUGUUAUAGCAGAAGCUAUAGUGCUCUGCCUCUGAGAAUUAAACUGCAAGGCUUGUCUUUGGCAUUCAGACAUUGAUUUUGAUUACUUCACUGCCAGACAGGACACGGUAUGUAUAAAAAAUAACAAUUGUCAGUACUGAAGCUUGAUGACAAUUCUAUUGAAAAAGUUACUGAACCAUAUUAUCAUGAGUGUGAAUAAAAGUGAUGCUUGUUUUAA